AUGGUGGAGCCCUCGCCCGGCUCCACGCGGUACCCCUCCACCUGCCCCACUGCGCGUGAGCUUGGCGUGUUGAGGCCCCCCCACCACCGCCCUGAUGCCUUCUCCUUCUCCCCCUUCGCCCCCGCCCCUCCACCCUUGUCAGCAUCAUUUCGUGCCAGGGAGAGCGCGCGGGUGAAGCGCGCUGCCAGAUCCAUCGCCCCGCCUCCCCCUCCCCGCUCCCUCUCCCGCUCCCUCUCCUUCUCCCUCUCCCUCUCCCUCUCCCUCUCCUUCUCCCUCUCCCACUCCCUCUCUCUCUCCCGCUCGCGAUCGGCCGUGCGUCUGUCAGCAGCGGAGCCCCAGAAGCGCGACGACGAGGGCGUGAGGGCGCCCGUGCAGGCAGGCACAGUGGCAGGCGGGCAACAAGGGUGGAAAUGGAGUGCCAUGGCAGACAGGAAGGUGGAGGCCACGGAUGAUGUCGGUCCUCACAGCCACUCACCCCCGUCAUGCACUCACCCCCAGUCAUGCACUCACCCCCGUCAUGCACUCACCCCCGUCAUGCACUCACCCCCGUCAUGCACUCACCCCCGUCAUGCACUCACCCCCGUCAUGCACUCACCCCCGUCAUGCACUCACCCCCGUCAUGCACUCACCCCCGUCAUGCACUCACCCCCGUCAUGCACUCACCCCCGUCAUGCACUCACCCCCAGUCAUGCACUCACCCCCGUCAUGCACUCACCCCAGUCAUGCACUCACCCCCGUCAUGCACUCACCCCCGUCAUGCACUCACCCCCGUCAUGCACUCACCCCCGUCAUGCACUCACCCCCGUCAUGCACUCACCCCCGUCAUGCACUCACCCCCGUCAUGCACUCACCCCCGUCAUGCACUCACCCCCGUCAUGCACUCACCCCCGUCAUGCACUCACCCCCGUCAUGCACUCACCCCCGUCAUGCACUCACCCCCGUCAUGCACUCACCCCCGUCAUGCACUCACCCCCGUCAUGCACUCACCCCCGUCAUGCACUCUCCCCGUCAUGCACUCACCCCCAGUCAUGCACUCACCCCCGUCAUGCACUCACCCCAGUCAUGCACUCACCCCCGUCAUGCACUCACCCCCGUCAUGCACUCACCCCCGUCAUGCACUCACCCCCGUCAUGCACUCACCCCCGUCAUGCACUCACCCCCGUCAUGCACUCACCCCCGUCAUGCACUCACCCCCGUCAUGCACUCACCCCCGUCAUGCACUCACCCCCGUCAUGCACUCACCCCCGUCAUGCACUCACCCCCGUCAUGCACUCACCCCCGUCAUGCACUCACCCCCGUCAUGCACUCACCCCCGUCAUGCACUCACCCCCGUCAUGCACUCACCCCCGUCAUGCACUCACCCCCGUCAUGCACUCACCCCCGUCAUGCACUCACCCCCACUCAGGCACUCACCCCGGUCAUGCACUCACCCCCGUCAUGCACUCACCCCCGUCAUGCACUCACCCCCGUCAUGCACUCACCCCCGUCAUGCACUCACCCCCGUCAUGCACUCACCCCCGUCAUGCACUCACCCCCGUCAUGCACUCACCCCCGUCAUGCACUCACCCCCGUCAUGCACUCACCCCCGUCAUGCACUCACCCCCAGUCAUGCACUCACCCCCGUCAUGCACUCACCCCAGUCAUGCACUCACCCCCGUCAUGCACUCACCCCCGUCAUGCACUCACCCCCGUCAUGCACUCACCCCCGUCAAGCACUCACCCCCGUCAUGCACUCACCCCCGUCAUGCACUCACCCCCGUCAUGCACUCACCCCCGUCAUGCACUCACCCCCGUCAUGCACUCACCCCCGUCAUGCACUCACCCCCGUCAUGCACUCACCCCCGUCAUGCACUCACCCCAGUCAUGCACUCACCCCCGUCAUGCACUCACCCCCGUCAUGCACUCACCCCCGUCAUGCACUCACCCCCGUCAUGCACUCACCCCCGUCAUGCACUCACCCCCGUCAUGCACUCACCCCCGUCAUGCACUCACCCCCGUCAUGCACUCACCCCCGUCAUGCACUCACCCCCGUCAUGCACUCACCCCCGUCAUGCACUCACCCCCGUCAUGCACUCACCCCCGUCAUGCACUCACCCCCGUCAUGCACUCACCCCCGUCAUGCACUCACCCCCGUCAUGCACUCACCCCCGUCAUGCACUCACCCACAGUCAUGCACUCACCCCCAGUCAUGCACUCACCCCCGUCAUGCACUCACCCCCGUCAUGCACUCACCCCCGUCAUGCACUCACCCCCGUCAUGCACUCACCCCCGUCAUGCACUCACCCCCGUCAUGCACUCACCCCCACUCAGGCACUCACCCCGGUCAUGCACUCACCCCCGUCAUGCACUCACCCCCGUCAUGCACUCACCCCCGUCAUGCACUCACCCCCGUCAUGCACUCACCCCCGGUCAGGCACUCACCCCGGUCAUGCACUCACCCCCGUCAUGCACUCACCCCCGUCAUGCACUCACCCCCGUCAUGCACUCACCCCCGUCAUGCACUCACCCCCGUCAUGCACUCACCCCCGUCAUGCACUCACCCCCAGUCAUGCACUCACCCCCGUCAUGCACUCACCCCCGUCAUGCACUCACCCCCGGUCAGGCACUCACCCCGGUCAUGCACUCACCCCCGUCAUGCACUCACCCCCGUCAUGCACUCACCCCCGGUCAGGCACUCACCCCGGUCAUGCACUCACCCCCGUCAUGCACUCACCCCCGUCAUGCACUCACCCCCGUCAUGCACUCACCCCCGUCAUGCACUCACCCCCGUCAUGCACUCACCCCCGUCAUGCACUCACCCCCAGUCAUGCACUCACCCCCGUCAUGCACUCACCCCCGUCAUGCACUCACCCCCACUCAGGCACUCACCCCGGUCAUGCACUCACCCCCGUCAUGCACUCACCCCAGUCAUGCACUCACCCCCGUCAUGCACUCACCCCCACUCAGGCACUCACCCCGGUCAUGCACUCACCCCCACUCAGGCACUCACCCCGGUCAUGCACUCACCCCCACUCAGGCACUCACCCCGGUCAUGCACUCACCCCCACUCAGGCACUCACCCCGGUCAUGCGGGCAUCCAUGGCACCACGGCUCUGGUCGAGGGCACGGCGGGAGGAGGUGGGGGUGAAGGGCGCGCACAUGGGCUGGGGGGACGCCUCGUCCGACAUGCCCUCCUCGCCCUCCGCCCGUCCUCCCCCCCCCACCGCCAGCGGCUCCAGUGCCUGGCGCCGCCCCGAGGCGUUGCGCGAGCGCGAGCGCCAGCGCGAGCGCGGGGACGGCAGCGGGCCGCUGAGGCUGCGCGCGCUGUGGCGGGGGGAGGGCCAGGGCGCGUGGGGGGCGGGCUGGGCCAAGUGCGAGGCGGGCAGGGAGCGGCGCGAGGCGGAGGGGGGGCGGCCCGUGGAGGGCGCAGGGCUGGCAGAGGCGGUGGAGGGGGAGGCGAGCCAGGGGGGCAGCGCGGAGGAGUGCGGCUCGGAGGUGAGUGAGGCAUCGUCAGGCAGGUCGGAGAGCGAGAGGUCGUGGGGGAAGGAGGAGGCGGGGUCCGGUGGGAGGGAGGAGAAGGACGCAAAGGACAGCAUGGCCGCUGCUGCUGCUGGCAGCGCCGUGCCCUGUGCCAACGCCUCGUUCAGCUGA